AUGGCACAGCAGGUGUGCAAUUACUUUCUGCAGGGAAAGUGCCGCUUUGGUGCCAAAUGUCGGAACGUCCAUCCCACAGGCGGCGCCGCCGGGGCCACCUUUGGACAACAGGCCACCUUUGGCCAACAGGCCACCUUUGGGCAGCAGCCUCAGGCCACCUUUGGGCAACAAGCAGGCUCAUCCACCUUUGGCCAAAGCGGCUUUGGGCAACACGCAGGUACCUCUUCGGGAUUCGCCCGGGCCGGAGCUGGUAAUCAAGGCAGCGGCAUUUUUGGUGGGGGCAAUGUUAAUUCGGGAAUGGGCGCAGGUACCACUUUUGGGCAAAGCGGAGCUGGGACUGGUGGUGGUCUCUUUGGCCAAGCUGCAAGUCCUGGAGGCGGGGCCUUUGCCCAGAGCCCGAAACCGAGUGGUGGCGGUGGCGGUCUCUUUGGCCAAGCUACAAGUUCCGGAGGCGGUAGCGUUUUUGGCCAAAGUGCCAAGUCAAGUGGCGGCGGUGUCUUUGGCCAAGCCGCAAGUCCCGGAGGCGGGGCCUUUGCCCAGAGCCCAAAACCAAGUGGUGGCGGCGGUGGUCUCUUUGGCCAAGCCGCAAGGCCCGGAGGCGGGGGUGCUUUCGGCCAAAGUGCCAAGCCAGGUGGCGGUGGUCUUUUUGGCCAGUCCGCCACCGGAUCAGGCGGCAGCGGCAGUGGAGCUUUUGGUCAAAGCGCCAAACAAGGUGGCAACAAUGGCGUCUUUGGUCAAAGUAGUGGCGGCGGCAGCGGCAGUGUUUUCGGUCAGAGUGCCCAACCAAGUGGCAACAAUGGCGUGUUUGGUCAAAAUAAUGCUGGUGGUAGCGGCAGUGUUUUUGGUCAAAGUGCCAAGCCGGGUGGCAAGGGAGGCAACGGGUCUGUUGGUGGUGUGUUUGGUCAAGCUACGCCGAAUCCCAGUGGCAGUAGCGGCGGCGUGUUUGGAAAUACUGGAACAGGCUCUGGUGGUGUUGGCAGCGGCGUAUUUGGUCAAAGUACCAAAGGCGCUCCGUCGGGUGGCACGUUUGGUCAAUCUGGCAAUAACAAUGGCUUCGUAGCUCAAGGGUCCAACUCCAAGCAGGGCUUUGGUCAAACCUCUGGCGGUGCUUUUGGACAGAGCUCCAAACCCAUGAGUGGUGGCGUCUUUGGAAAGCCUUCAUCCACAAACGCCGGUCAUCAGAGAGCAACUGGUCCCGCUUUCGAUGCAGCGCUAGAAGCACUCAUUCAACGUGCGCGCCAGAACCCUUCCUUGUCAGAGCCCGUUGCUCUCAAGGACUCACAGACCAUCUACUCGGCCGAAACCGACCUCACAGAAGACGACCUGGCGGCGUUUGCGGCUGUCAGCUUUCAACAAAACAAAAUCCCCACACGCCCGCCUCCUCAAGCGCUUUGCCGGGCAAAGUGA